UAUGACCACAAGGCUGAAACCUUUAAUUCAGUGAAGGUGUGAAUCACACCUGAAUUGUCCAAAUGAAUAAUUACCAAUACAACCCUGGAAGUGACAGUAACCCAAGGUUAAGGGCCAGCCAAGCCCGUGAACAAGACCGUCUUGAGAAAAGACUCUCUGCUUAUGAACGGGAGUACAAGAUCAGGGCCUCGUCCAUCGCUGCUAGGCAAAAACAACUACAGGAGUCGCUUUUGGCCCACUCCAUUCGUCUACGAUCAACAGUACAGCAAGGUAGAGUAGGCGAGCAUCAUGACAGGGCGGAAAGUGAAGAGCUGAUUGUGAGAGCAAAACCAAUCAGGAGAUUCAAGGGAAGAGGAGACAGGAAAAUAUUAACUUUGCAGGAGUUACUUAGCAGGGGGCCUAACACUCGUGUUGCGCCUAUGGCGAUUCCCCCUGAAUCAGCCACACAUGCCUUCCCACAUGCUGACCAUCACCCUACGUCCAAACAUUCCCGUGCGGAUUAUUUGAAACUGAAUUUGGUUAGCGCUUCAGAUUUAAACGACUUUGGAGAUUUACCUGAAUUUGGCAAAUCGUCACCAGCAUUGCCACAAAAGCCACAAAUGCCACUAAGCCAUGUACAAAAACAGGACGUCGCUGAUGAAAUACAAACUGCCCCCAGAAAUCUUCCGCCGCUUCAAAAUAAAUCAGAUGUAUAUCAGCAACUAACGGAGAAUGCUACAAAGGAUUUUUACGUUUUCAUAUCGUCUGACGACGAUAUAAGCGAAACUGGCUCUAAAAUACCACAACGUAAACUGGAACCGUUGAACAACAUCCGCAAAAGACGGAUUUCUGCUCGGAAUUCGCGGAUGAAGAGGAUGAAGCUACCGACUACAACAUUAGAUCUAAUACCAGAAGAUGAUCCAGCAGAUGGAGGAUCUCCGGAUAUUGAAGUCUCAGGGAGGCAGCUGAACUUCAAAGUUUUAUCGGCCUCCAAAGGUAAUUCACUUUUACGAAACACAGCUCUAGAACCGCUUGACAAUUACACGGUGCGAAAUAUCAUCGGCCAGUAUGGUGCGUCGCUGAAUCCCAUUAGAACUUUACACCGAAAGAGGGAAAAUGAUAGGAAAGUAGGCGUCGAAAUGGAGAUUGUUGUUCCUCGUAAGAGGUCUUACAAAUCUUCUGAUGACAUUGAAACAAAUGGUGCUCGGCCCACUGCACCAGAAGAAGUAAAGCCUGCAUGCGGUGAUAGCAUCAGGUCUAGACGUACUCGUCGUAGAGAUGGUUACAAAUCUACACCUAAAACAGGGUACGGUAGGUUAGUGUUCCUACAAGACUCACCCAACAGAUCUCAAUAG